AUGUCCUCUGAAGACCCUACAAAACAAUCCUCUUCUCAAGUCUUCCUCGAAGAUCUUCCACCUAAAUUUGACGAGUCUGAAGCUCCUCCUCCUCCUAAGCCUUCGGGUCACCCCGUGCUACCGCCUCGUAAGGUUGCCCCCUCAGGUACCGGUGCCGGAACUCCACUGAUUCCGCCGUCCUCUGCUGCAAUGGCUGCUGCGGCUGCACAAUACGAUCCUAACAAAUCGAUGUUUACGCAGGCUCUGGGCACAGUUCAAGCUUCUGAUUUUGGACAACUUAGCAAUAUUCCAUGUUUCCGCAAGGCAAUGCUAACAGGCGGUGCUGUUGGUGCUGUUGCAUUUGGUGUACUAGUGACAGCCCGCUGGCCUGCCCGUCGUGCUCUCAACUGGGCAGUUGGUGGGUUCAUUAUUGGGUCGAUUGGUUCUUGGGAGCAGUGUCGGUUCCAGAUGAGACGGGAGCGCAAAAACACCGAAAUGGCAAGAGAAAUCUAUAGAAACAGACAAUCAGCAAAUAGCUCGGACGGAAAGGAACCCCCGGCUUCUGCUGCUGCUGCUGGCGGGUCCGCAGCACCCGAGUCUUAA